ACUUCGACGGGCGACCUGCCCUCCGCGGCUUCUCUACAUUUUUGUGCCCAAUAUUACCCACAUAUUUCUAACUGUCUGAACAACGAUAUCAAGGCCCAACAUGACGAAGACGUAUGUGAUGACUGGGCUGAUUGAGAAGAUGCAAUCACCCGACCAGGACUUCCGGUACAUGGGUCUGAAUGAUCUCCUGCUCGAGAUCAAGCAGGAUCCGGGCAACUUCCUUGGGGACGAGAACAUGGAGAGUAAGGUUCUCAAACAGGUCCUUGCUCUCGUUGAGGACAAGAUCUCAGAAGUCAAGAAUCAAGCUGUCAAAUGUCUCGGUCAGCUCAUCAAGAUCAUCCGUGAAACUCAGAUGGUCAUGGUGGUGGACAAGCUUAUUGAGUUUUCCUCAUCACAAGAUGAAGAGCUGCGGGAUAUCUCAGGCCUUGCCCUCAAGACUAUAACUUCUGAGUUGCCACAAGAGGGAAAGAUUGCUGCGAAAGCCUGCGAGAAGCUGACUCCCAAACUUCUCGAUCAACUACGGAACUCGAGCAUUCCGCCAGAGACACUCAUUGAAACACUUUCGAUCCUUUCGAUCCUCAUUGCACGCUUCCGUCCAUAUCUCGCCGACCCUAACCUGCAACCACAGCCAUUAGCUGUCCUCACACCACUGCUCCAGCACCCACGUUCCGCGGUGCGCAAGCGGGCUAUUGCCACGCUCGCACAAUAUCUGCCACUUUCGCAGCCACAGCAUUUCAGCGAGCUGCUGACGGUGAUUAUUCUACCGAACCUCGCUCCUUCUGCCAGCGUAGAGAAGCAACGUACGACUGUGCAGCUUGUCGCCGCCGUCGCGCGCCAUUCUCCACAUCAAGUUGCCACUGUACUGAACGACCUCGUACCAGGCAUCAUCAAAGCGAUUGCAAAGGACGACGAGGAGCUCAGAGAGAGUGGUCUGCAAGCGCUCGAGGCUCUUGUGCUCAAAUGUCCUGCAGAAGUCACGCCUUACCUGAGCAGCAUUAUUCAGUCUGGUACUCAAUAUAUCAAAUACGACCCCAAUUACGCUGGGGACGACGAGGUAGACGAGGACGAAGAGAUGGUUGACGAAGAUGAUGACGACGAAGCCGAACUUGACGAUUACUCUGACGACGAAGACACAUCGUACAAAAUCCGUCGCUCCGCCACAAAAUUACUCGCCGCUGUUAUCGGCACACGCCCUGAACUACUUAUUGCACUGUAUAAGGAUGUUUCGCCGGUGCUCAUUUCACGCUUCGGCGAUCGUGAAGAGACUGUCCGUCUGGAGAUCUGGUCUACAUACGGUAUCUUGCUCAAUCAAACGAACCUCUAUGGUUCAACCCCCCAAGCAAAGGACGCCCAGUUCAGCGCGCGCAAAAGGAAACGGGAAGAAGGUAGCAUGGAGGUCGAAGAGAAUCCGAUCACUCUCCUUCGUGGGCAAGUACCACCGCUUGCAAAGGCUUUGUUGCAACAGUUGAAGUCUACGAAGACACCAGUCACUACCCUGCAGGGAGGCUUCUCUCUGCUGCACGCCCUCCUGACAGUCCUUCCCGGGUGCUUGACAGCGCAGUCAGCACAAGUAGUUGCCAACGCCAAGGUUGUCCUCUCUCAGUCUACAACCGGAUCCUCAGCCAACCUUCAAGUAUCAUGUCUCUCUUUCCUCGGUCUGUUCUUCUCCACCCACCCAGCCACCGCUUACUCAAAUUCCUUGGACUCCAUCAUCGCCGCCCUUCUGAAAUCCAUCUCCGAGAGGCACCCCAAGAUUGCCUCCGAAGGCUUCCGUACCUUUUCCAGCCUGCUAAAUGCGCUCAACCCUGUGCAAGGAGCCGCCUGGGUCGACCGCGUAUAUACUGAGGCUGUCUCACGCCUGAGCAACCAUGACACAGAUGCUGAGGUCCGUCUAUGCGCCGAGCGAGUCAUCGCGGAUCUCUGGAUCUGCGCCACAGAUGUCGUCAAGGACAAGGGUGGCAAGGAGUGGGAAGCGAUCUGCCGCGCCAACGCACGCACGGAGGGCGCCGUCGAUGUCGUCACGCGUGUGGCGCUCAAGGCGGAGGUGAGCGACCAGUGGGUCAACGGGUGUGUCGAAUGGGUGCUCGGCCUGCUGAAGAAGAGUGGACGAUCCGGCAAGAGUGAUGUCUUUACUUGCUUGGAUGCGCUUCUCAGAAGGUACAGCACGGUUCCCGCCGACUUGCCUCCUACCUUGGUUGGCCAGCUCAAAUCUUAUGUUUCGACCGCGGACAUCUCUCUCCUCGCCGCUGCACUCAACAUAGUUGCGCUCCUCCUCGAAGUCGCGCCGACGUCUACGUUCCCCGAGGUUGAGAGUGAUCUCCUCCAGGAUAUCUAUGCUGUCGCACAUUCGUCAUUGGUAUCGGGCGCGCCGUUCGACUCGGUCCUUAACUUUUUCGCUGCGCUCGUACGGGCAGAUAUGCAGAUCGCGACACACGUCGUGCCGAACCUCGUUAUCUCUAUCGACAGGGCGCCCAAGUCGGAGGCGUCACAGGCGAACGUGGCGCGCUGCAUCGGACAGGUCGUCAAGUGCCAACAGACGGUUGCUGCCGGUACCAUCGUGGAGUUCGCCAAGCAGUUGAAGGUACGGGCGAAGUCGCCUGCUAAGCCUGAGAAGGUCGUGCUCAGCUUGUUGGUCAUGGGAGAAGUUGGCCGCUUUAUCGAUAUGUCGCCUCAGACGGACAUCUUCAACGCAGCUAUCGAACGCUUCGGUUCUGAGGUCGAAGAGAUCCGUACCGCGGCGGCCUUCGCUGCGGGUAACAUCGCGGUCGGAAAUCUGCAUCACUUCCUACCCUUUAUCGUCAAGAUGGUUGAGAGAGACCCUGCCAAGCGCCUUCUGUCUCUACAUGCUCUGAAGGAGGUCGUCACUCACUGCUCGCAUGGACAGUUAGAGAAUGUGGCGGACAUGCUCUGGGUGCCUCUGUUCCAGAACUCUGAAGAGUCGGAGGAGAUCACGCGCAACGUUGCUGCGGCAUGUCUGGGCAAGCUUGCUAUUACCGCACCGUCAAGAUACCUUCCUCAGCUUCAUGAACGCAUUCGCGACGAAAAUCCCGCCGCGAGGGCCACUGUCAUCUCUGCCAUUCGCUACACUUUCGCCGAGCCAUCCGCGACGUAUGAUGAACUGCUCAGCGCCACUAUCAUGGACUUCCUCUCGUUAGUCGGCGACCAGGAUCUUACCGUUCGCCGUCUUGCCUUAUCUGCUCUCAAUUCUGCCUCAAGGACGAAGCCACAUCUCAUCAGAGAACAUCUCCCGGCAAUCCUCCCGAUCCUAUAUCAGGAGACAGUUGUCAAACCCGAGCUCAUCCGCACCGUCCAGAUGGGUCCCUGGACACACAAGGUCGACGACGGUCUAGAGGCCCGCAAGACCGCGUACGAGACCCUCUACACGCUGCUAGACACCUGCCUCUCGAAGCUGGAUCCGCACGAGUUCAUCAGCCACAUGUUGGUCGGCCUCUCGGACGAUUCGGACGAGGUCAAGGUCAUCUGCCACAUGAUGCUCUUCCGUCUGUCCCAGGUCGCGCCGACGGCGAUCUCGCAACGGCUGGACGACAUCACACCUGCGCUCGAGAAGAGCAUGAAGGGUGCGACGGUCACGAAGGACACCGUUAAGCAAGACCUCGAACGUGCGGGUGAGCUCCAGCGCAGCACACUCCGCGCAGUCGUCGCACUUAGCAAAGUUGCUCAACCUGGGGCGUCGCCACGAUUCGAUACACUCGUCGAGAACACGAGGAAGAGCAGCGAGUUAGGCCAGGAAUUCCAGGACCUCGUCGGAGUGUAAACGGUCACGAUAUGAGAAAGGAAGAAAUGUAGAGUAUAAUGGAUGAGAGACGUUAUAUCGCGAGCCUCAUUUGUACUUGUGGUUUUCUUGCUGCUUUCAACGCUAGUUACGCAGUUCAAUGUACAUGUCUUGGCCCGAUCUCGCCAUAUUGCGCUGCUCGCGCACCACUGGCGAGCGCUAGCUGCUGUUGAAGCGCCCGUUUGUUCGUCCUGACCGUCGUGGCACCUGUCCUUAACGUUCCGAAAUUCGAUCUCGCAUGUGUUCCCGGUCAAUAUGCUGCAAC